UCCCAUUCCAACCACACACACGGUCACACACGCAGCCUCCAAUUGCCGCGCGUGCCUACAACGCACCCCCCACGCUUUGUGCCAUGCCAAGUUGAGCAUUGACACACACCAAACACCUUCCCCGAUCGGCUCCCUAAUCUAAUCCCCACCCAAUUAACUCCAAGUCGUCUUUCUCUUUCCUUCUUCUUCCCCCUCCUAACCUCCUUGGGAUGCUGUAUAUAUAAACGCGCACAACCACAGGCCACACAAAGCCAACUCAGACCAAACAAAAGGAAACAAAAAGAGCAGCAGCAGCAGCCACAGACAAGAGAAAAGAAAAGGAGAAUUAAUGGCGAUCGCCGUGAGUGGGCACUGGACGCGGCUGCGGACGCUCGGCUGCGGCGCGUCCGGCGCCGUAGUGUCGCUGGCGACUGACGCCGCGUCGGGCGAGCUGUUCGCCGUCAAAUCCGUGCGGGGCGCGGCGGACGCGGAUCUGCUGAGCCGGGAGCAAGGGAUACUGUCCGGCCUUUCCUCGCCACACAUCGUGCGGUGCAUCGGUGGCCUUGGCGAAGACCGCGACGGGUCCUACCAUCUCUUCCUGGAGUUCGCCCCUGGCGGGUCGCUCGCCGACGAGGUCGCGAGGAAUGGGGGAUUCCUCGAGGAGCACGCCAUCCGGGCGUACGCGGCGGACGUCCUGCGCGGGCUGGCGUACAUCCACGGGGAGUCGCUCGUGCACGGGGACGUCAAGGCGAGGAACGUCGUGAUCGGCGUCGACGGCCGCGCAAAGAUCGCCGAUUUCGGGUGCGCGAGAGCGCUGGAUUCGACGAGGCCGAUCGGAGGCACGCCCGCGUUCAUGGCACCCGAGGUGGCCCGCGGCGAGGAGCAGGGCCCGGCUGCCGAUGUGUGGGCUCUCGGCUGCACGAUCAUCGAGAUGGCCACCGGGCGCGCCCCGUGGAGCGACAUGGACGACGUCCUUGCCGCCGUCCACCGGAUCGGUUACACGGACGCCGUGCCAGAGGUGCCGAUGUGGAUGUCGGCGGAGGCCAAGAAUUUCCUUGCCAUGUGCUUCGCGAGAAACGCCCGCGACCGGUGCACGGCGGAGCAGCUCUUGGAGCAUCCGUUCGUGGCAGUGCAGGCGGGAGAAGCGAAGGCGGCCAGGUGGGUGUCUCCCAAGAGCACACUGGACGCCGCAUUCUGGGAAUCGGAGACCGACGGGGAGGAGGAAGAGGAUGAGAUUUCUUCACAGAGCUCGUCCGAGAGGAUCAAGUCAUUGUCCUGCCCCGUCUCGGCCUUGCCGGACUGGGACUCCGACGAAGGUUGGAUCGAUGUGCUCGGCGACCAGCAUGACGAGGCUUGUGAUUCGCCAGCGACCAAGGAGGAGGCAGAUGUGGCGUGCAGAACGCCAAGCAAAGUGUCAGGAUCGGCGACGGUGCCAGCUGAAGACAUGGUUGUCGUUGGCAGCUUUUCAAGCGAUGAACUGGAAGCAGAGGAUGAUCCUUUCGAUGACGGUAUCCUAGCCGUUCAUCCUGCAAUUGUUCGUCAGGAUGAAGCCUGUUCUAGUUCAGGCCGAGAUGUACUUUCAUUUCAGAUACCCUGUAACAGAAUAAAUGCAAUAAAAAAAGUUCGUUUUCCACAAUUUUUACUGUGCCGUCCUGAUAAAGUCUCCUCUGUUCAUACCCUGCGAUGGUCGCAUUCUGGUAACUUCGUACUCCGUACUGAGUUUAUAUCCGUGUCCGGAGAAAAGGGCAUGUCAGUUUCACACACAAAAGAUCCUACCACUACUAUUACUGCUGCUGUUAUUUACUGCAGCAAGUAAUCACGCCGUAAUGAA